AUUGUACCACACAAAACAUGCAAAUCCAAUAAUAACAAUGGUGAAUAUUAAAUAAUAAUACAAUAAUUACAAUAUUAUUAUUAUUAUAGGUCAUUAUCAUAGAAGCAUGAUGGAGUUGUCGGCGGUUGUUGUAACAGUGGAAGGAGUCUGGGGAUAAAAAAAAGAUAUGUAAUUAGUGAUUAUAGUGGCUGGUGCAGUGGUGCGGUUUAUAUCGCAUUCGAAGACUUCGAGUGUAGCACAUUGUGUGUGUGAGUGUGUGUGUGUGGGUCCCGUGAUAUCAUUUAUAUCAGCGUCGACGGACGACGAGUGAGUGGUCGACGACCCUAUCCUGUAUAAUUCCUGUGCGUCUGCGUUGUUGAAUUUUUAGGACGGUUUAUUUAUUUAUUUUUUUUUUGCGUGAUCGUUCAGUCGUUGUCACUCCGUCACCUCACGUACGGCUGCCUACCAUGGCCUACAUAGCAAAAUGCUGCUGACAUCUCAGAUUCGUCGACGUCUAACACGGCACGAUACUGCAGCGUAAGAUCAGAAAACGCAACGAUACACCAUAGUCGUGGCAGACAUUGCGCGACGGCCAUGAGAAACAUUUGUCGGUGUGAUGAAUGAGGACGAGAUAGCCGAUAAAGUAUACGAGGAGAGAGAGAGAAUUGUCGAUCUUUACAGGAAAGGACCCACAGAUGGAACGAUCAUAGAUCCUGUCGAUGAUCCCGCUAUCAACGACUAUUUCAAACUUGACAAAUUUGGAUUCAUAGUGAGCGAUGAGUCCAAGUUAAAAAAAGAAGAUCCUCAAGAGAUAAAACUCGAAGUAACCAGAGAACAAAAAUGGCUGAAAAUGAUCAACAAUUGGGAUGGUGUGUCCAGAGACAAACUGAAAAGACGCAUUUACAAAGGCAUUCCAAAUUCAUUACGAGGAAAAGUGUGGGCCAAGCUAUUGGGUGUUGAUCAACUCACAGAUGAUCAGAAGAAUAAAUACAAAUAUAUGUGUGAAUUGGCAUGGGAGCAUUCACCGGAUGUGAGGCAAAUUGAUUUAGAUGUGAAUCGAACAUAUCGAGAACAUAUCAACUUUCGAAAACGAUACAAUUUCAAGCAACAAGAGUUAUUUAAUAUAUUGUCUGCAUAUAGUAUCUAUAAUUUGGAUAUUGGUUAUACCCAGGGAAUGUCACAAAUUGCAGCAUUACUGUUGAUGUAUUUAAGUGAAGAAGAAGCUUUCUGGGCAUUAUCUACUCUUAUUUCCGAUAGCAAGUAUUAUAUGCACGGUUUUUUCAUUCCUGGUUUUCCUAAGUUAAUACGGUUUCAAGAUCAUCAUGAUAAAAUAAUGAAUAAGUUAUUACCAAAAUUAAAAAAACAUUUGGAUAAAAAUGGAGUUGAAACUGGAUUAUAUACUUUAAAGUGGUUUUUCCAAUGUUUUUUAGACAGAAUACCAUUCAAAUUGACUUUAAGAGUGUGGGAUAUAUUUUUACUAGAAGGCGACAAAAUAUUAUCAGCUAUGGCCUAUUGCUUAUUAAAAUUACACCGCCACCAGCUAUAUGCUUUAGGAAUGGAUGAUAUACUUAAUUUUUUGCAGGUAAAACUGGAACAAAAUUAUUUACAUACAGCAGAUCAAACAAUUGAAAAACUUCAAGAAUGUCUUGUUGAACUGAAAAAAUACAAACUUGACAGUGCUGGUCAGCCAUCUCCAAACGAAAGGUUGAAAAGAGAGCUUGGAAUAUUUAAUCCUGAUGAUAUCCCAGUUAGAAAGCCUCAAAUCAAUGGAGUGGAAAAAAAAAGAAAACCUAUCAACUCUGAUCAACUUCAUAGUUYACCAGAACAGGAUUCACAACGCCAAGGUUCAAUUAUUACAAAUGGUAAAAACAGUUUGGACGAUGUUAGCUCAAUUGUUGGAGACAGUUCUAGACGCUCAUUGGUGGACACUAGUGUCACUUCUGCAGCCACGACAACAGUGUCUCCACAAAGUAUACAAAAUGAUGAUGCUGGAUCAGAUGUUACAUGUGUGAGUCCUCAGCCUGACGUGCUUCGCAUAUAUGUGCCAUACGAUACUCCAACAAAGAAAUCUCCUACUUCUAUUUCUAACAAAAUUACAACAAUCCAGGUGAUGGAUGAUAUGGCCACUCCUACUGUAGAAACAGAUGGUAUGUUUAAUGCGGUGUCCACUAAAAACUAAUCUUUUGUUGUAUAAGUGACAUCUACAUUGGCUGUGAUUGAAUAUAUAGAUGGUGACUACUCUAUGAUCAUAAGCAGURCUACUUUACAUUUAUGUUAGUUAUACCUCUUGUWUUGAUGUAUGCCGUAUAUAAUGUUUUACUUGGCAAUAUGCUCAGAUGUACCCUAAAUCCAGCAUUUGAAAUAACAUGCAAUAAUUAUAUAAUUUAUAUCCGAACAAUAGUCAUUAAUUUAAAUUAUAUAUUAAUAAAAUGGUGCAAAAACUAUGUAAGCAACUAUUAACACCUAUGUUAAUUUAAAUCAUUUUACAAUAUAAUAUAUAAAAAAGUCCACAAUUCCUUAUGUAUUGCACGACUUCAUUACUUCAAUAAUCUAUACUUCUUUUAUUUUCUAUCGAACAAAUCUUAAAAUACCUUUUGUCUAAUGUUAAAUGUGAUAGAAGUUUCUUAAUAUAAUCAUGAAUAUAGUAGUUGAUUGAUAUAAUUUA